GGUCACCAUAGGAACCGGGACCGAUUAGGUGUCAACCCUUUCGAAAUUCAUGAGUACGCUUUUUCAGAUUUUAUGCAGCUACCAAAACAUGCUACGGAGAGGGAUAAUAACAAUGGACUAGCUUGCUAGCUAGAUCUCAACAAAUGUAUGGAUCCUUAGACUUCAGUUGUGCAUUGUUGUACAAUUUCAGGGCUAAACUUCCUCGCCUGAAGAAUAUUAUAGGGUGUUAUUAGCCAACAUGGCUGAGGACAGCGAGUGGGUUGUGGAGAGCAUUGCUGGAUAUUUGUCAAGUCCCGAAUGGGUCAUACCAGUUACGGACUUCAUGGAAAACAAAUGUACAGUUUUUGAUGACGAAGAUGAGAAUAAAUUGACUUACACAGAUAUCCAUCAGCAGUACAAGCAUUUGGUGGAGAAGUUGUUAGAAACCUACAUGCAAGAGGUUGGCAUCAAUGAGCAGCAGUUUUUGGAGGCAUGCUCCUCUCCUUUCGCCAAGUCCAAAACCUUACAGGCUGUAUUCCAUCCCGUCCUGGCCACAGAUGACUUCCAGAUGUUCAGGGCUCUCAUGGUACAGAAGAAUAUGGAGCUGCAGCUCCAGGCGCUGCGUGUCAUUAAAGAGAGAAAUGGCGCUCUGCCUGAGUGUCUCACAGAUGGAGCAGAUGUCAUGAGUGAGCUGGAGCAGCAGGAGCUGAAGAUUCUUCAGGAGGUGCUCAAGAUGUCAAAGGAUGAGUAUGACCAAGAGAUGGCUCUGAGACUGCAGUCAGAGGAGGAGAUUGGCUCCACAUCCAGAAGCUGCUCUGAUAGGCCACUUCUAGAAGCAGCCAGCAUCCAGACGACCGCCUCCACUCAACAGACAAACACCACCAACAAGGUGAACAGUACAUCUCAGAGGAAAGAGGAGCUGAAGCCUGCUGUAGCUGGAGGUGGUGGGCAGAUUAGUCCAGCCAAGACCAGCACAUCUGCCCUUUCUAAGUUGCCAUCGGAGCGGCACAGUUCAGAGCCAAGGAUCCUGCCUGCAGUGAGGGUUCCAGUGAAGGGCAUUGAGCCUCCGGCUGGCUCCAGGGAGAAGGGGAGCAGCAGCCAGGCAGCAGAGGGCUGGAUAGAGGAGGCACGUAAGGAGGCUGGCAUCUCCAAGCCAUUCACAGAGUUGUCAGCAGAGCAGCAGGAGCAACUACAGCAAAGGGCACUGUACCUGAGGCAGCAGAGGGACAAGCUUCAGGCCAUGAAAAAAGAGCAGAGACCCAAACCAGCCACGCCAGAAACCCCAGCACCCACUCCCAGCACACCGGACGAUGGUCCCAAAAUGAACGGGGGUGGUGCUAGUAUAAAGGAAGAGAGGGUCAAUACACCCCAGCCUGUGAGCUCUCCUGUGGGGGGACAGGAGAAGCAGCCCAAGGAGAUCUCUGUCGAAGAAAAAAAGAAGUUGCAGAAAAGAAAACAUCUGGCAGAAAAACUGAAAGAGGAAGUCAUCAAAAAGUAAAACUGCAAUAUAUCUCCCCCAGAGUGUAACUGUAGUCAAACUGGACCAUCAAUUCCUUGGGAGUGAGAUGGACUGUGCUUGUGAAGGGGCAACAGGAAAUGUGCAUUUGUAAUGGAAUGUACUAUUUCAAUGGUUUUGAUAGUCUUAAAGGGAAUGACACAUUGGUUUCCUUACCCUAUAAGCAGUCUAUGGGCAAGGUGACAACAAUACAUGCUUUGGUUUAGUUUCCCUGGCACUGAUUUGGAAAUGAUGCACAAACUAUUCUAAUAUUGGUCCUAUGACUUGAAUAUGAUUUGUUCUACACAUGCUUAAAUGUUAGCAUGUGGUAACAGUGCCAGGGAAACUAAACCAAUGUAUGAAUUACUGUCAUACCUUGUCUAUAGACUGCUUACAGGGUAAGGAAAAAUGUAAUUUUGUAAUUUGGGUGAACUAUCCCUUUGUAUAAUAUGUGGUUUAAUACAUUUUUUUUAAAUGUAAAUCCUGCCAGAGAUCUUGUGUAAUAAACCUACUGGUCUGUGACAGGUGGUUAGCAUGAAACGAUGUAAUUAACUAUCCAUGCUUGUAGAUAAGAUGCUCUGAGGUAUACAUCCUGUUAAGUGUGAAUAGGCAUUAGGAAAUGAUCAGCACACAAAUAUACAAACUUUACUGUAUAUGAAAAAUGUAAGGGUUGUAGCAUUAACACAAUUCAGAAAAAUAAGCAGGUUGUUCACAUUUGUAUUGCAGGUUCAAUUCAAUGUAUAUAAACCCUGGAUUGCUGAUGCUAUGUAUUGGCCAUUGAGAACUUUGAAGCAUCUGGUCGGCCGUAUUGGCACUCCUCCAUAGAAUUUUGGUAUUUCAAUUAAAUGUUAAAUACAUGUAA